AUGGACGACCUAAGCGUAGAAAUCCGGCGAAAUGCUGGAAUUUAUUUAAAAGGUAAAGUUGUUGACGUUCUGGCGGAAUCUCUUCUCGUUGAGUUAGAAAAUGGUUCACACACACAAAAAGAAUUUCCGUUCUCGGAUGUUCGCUUUCCGCCAAAGCUCGAUUCUAUGAAAAGUGAUUACUCUGUCGGAGAAACAGUCGAGAUAUUAACGACAAUAGAUGCUGAGGAUUCUGCUGAAGGCUGGAUAGAAAGUAAAGUUCACUUAGUGAAAGGUGAAUUUGUUGUGGCCACGUUCGAAUGUAAUGGAAGAUCUUGUCAGGACAUUUUUCCAUCUGAUAAAGUCAGGAGGCCCAAUAAAAACACUAGCAUAACAAGCCAGAGCAUACAUAAGCACGUCAUUCAAGUACCUUCUGAUCUCUCAUCAUUAUGUCAGGACAUGAACAAUCACAGAGAAUUCAAGCAGAAGAUUGGUGCUUCCUGCGUUCAAUACAAUAAGAAGUCAAAUAGUCUUAUCGUGCUGUCAAGUGACGAAAGUAUAAUUAAAAAAGCAAUACUGCUGUCUGACAUGCAUGUGAAGAGUUUGAAGCAGAAGUUUGCCCUGGUCCAGAUGAUGAAGGAUGCUUCUAACAAAUUAGAGCAAUCAGUUCGACUUUACCACAACCACCCGACUGCCAACUUCCAUGACGACUUUGUGGUGCAGAAAGAUUUGAUGGGCCUUGCUAUUGGCAGUCACGGGGCCAACAUACAGCAGGCCAAGCAGCUGCCCGGCAUCAAGGGCAUAGAACUUGAUGAAGAGACUUGCAAGUUUACUGUCUACGGAGAUACAGCACAAGCAGUUUCAGCAGCGAGAUCCAUGCUAGAAUUUAAAAAAGAAACAGUUGAUCUGCCUAGAAAUCUUAUCUCUCGUGUGAUUGGCAGAAACGGCCACCACAUACAGGAGAUAGUGGACAAGUCUGGUGUGCUGAGAGUUAAAAUUAAAAGUGAAGAUAAUGUGGACGCCCAGCAUGAUAUUAAUAGCGAUGAGUCAGUGCCAUUUGUGUUCAUUGGUACAGCAGAUAGCAUAAACAACGCCAAGUUACUGCUGGACUAUCACGUCAUCCACCUCAAGGAAGUGGAACAACUGACUCAGCAGAAACGCCAACUGGACAUGGAGUUACGAAAUUUGAACAUCGGAUCAAGGGACAACACCUACCCGCCCAGAUACCCUAGGUUCAAUCCCAGAGAAUCAGAGUCAGACAGGGAAGACUUCAGAGGCGGUCCGAUGAUGAGGAGUCGAGGAGGUAGAGGGGGUGGUGGACCACCUGGUGGUGGUCGAUGGCCCGGUAAUCGACCUAGUUUGCAGGACAACAACUUCAACGAUGGUCCUCGAUUUGAUGGUCCCCCACCCCAGCACAGGGGUCCACCAUUCUCAGACCAACGUUACCAUGGAGAUGACGGCCGAGGGGGUCUCAGGGGCGGUGGCAGCUUUAGGGGCAAGUACAACCCCAAAGCGAACCUCGGAGGAGGGCCGAACAGUAACAAGCCCCCUCAGUUCCGCCCCAACAACUACCCAAUGAACGACGCAAAAAGGGGUGGAGCUGGUGAAGGAGGAGACAUGGCUUACAAAGAUUGUAGUCCACAGAAAAUGGCAGGCGUCAAUGGAGAGCAACUCAUUAAUGGACAGUGAUCUGAUUGGCUGGAUGGGUGAUGUCUUCGUGUUUGAUUGGCUGUCGUGUGAUUGAUGACCGUAUUUGAUUUGUUGAGCGGUUUUUAAGGAGGUUGAAUAUGCGUUUGAUUGGUUGUUUAAAACUAGUUGGUUGAUUGGUUGAUCGAUUGAUUGAUUGGCGGAUGGUGAAUGAAUGAUUAAAUGAAUGAUUAAAUGAAUGAAUGAGCGAGUGAUUGUGUCAGAAGAGAAGAUAAAACAAAGCAGAAAAA